CAUGUGGACCCAUUGUGAACUGGGAUUAACUAACAUUUAUUUCGUUUGGAAUUAUAACUUUCGGGAAAGCCAUGAAGAUGUUGCUAAAUAUAAGACACAUAUUGUGGUUGAUCUGCAUAUACCAAACAACGACUGGACCAGUCUCUAGCACAUUAUUGGAGAUGCGUCCCGUCAGCGGCUUGUUGUCCGGGAAAGUGACCCUUCCGUGUUAUUUCUCCAUCAUCCCGACCGUUGGACCUAGAAACAGAAAUGCCUCCGGAACAGAUCACCUGCGCAUCAAAUGGACAAAAUUCGAGGGGGGUGUGGAGUCGACUGUUCUCGUCACCCAAAACGGCGUCAUUAAGAUUGGCUCUGGGUACAGGAGUCGCGUGUCUGUGCAGAGUCACCCGGAAGACAUUGGCGAUGCUUCUCUAACUAUGGUGAAGCUCCGGGCAAGUGAUGCUGGAACAUACCGCUGUGAAGUAAUGUUUGGGAUUGAGGACACACAAGACACAGUUAGUUUAAAUGUCGAUGGCGUGGUGUUUCACUACAGGUCAAGGGUCAGCAGAUACACUCUGAACUAUGCACAAGCUGUGCAGACCUGCAGCGAUGUCGGAGCAACCAUCGUUACGGCAGAACAGCUGAGAGCUGCCUAUGAGGAUGGAUUUGACCAGUGUGAUGCUGGCUGGAUUGCAGAUCAAACAGUGAGAUAUCCAAUCACUAGACCAAGGCCUGGCUGCUUUGGAAAUCUGCCUGGAAAACCUGGUGUCAGGUCUUAUGGCAAACGCAGGCCCACAGAGACCUUCGACGUGUUCUGCUAUGUGGAUAAGCUUGAGGGCAAUGUUUACUUCGCGCCUACAAUGAAAAAGAUGACCUUUGCUGAGGCCAAGGCGGAGUGUGAAAGCAUGAAUGCAGAGCUGGCCUCACCUGGUCAACUCCACGCUGCCUGGAGACAGGGCCUCGACCGAUGCGAUUAUGGAUGGCUGUCUGACGGCAGUGCCCGCCACCCUGUCUCCAUACCCAGAAGUCAGUGUGGUGGUGGCCUGCUGGGUGUCCGCACCUUGUACCGCUACCGAAACCAAACAGGCUUCCCGGAUCCCAGUAUGAGGCUCGGAGCAUACUGUUUCAAAGGUGUUCACUCCUGUUCUGAUGAUGUUUGCUUGAAUGGCGGUUCUUGUGCAAAAAUAGGCAGUGCUCAGAUCUGCAGCUGUCCACCUGGAUACAGUGGUGAACACUGUGAAAUGGACAUUGAUGAAUGUCACACAAACCCUUGUCGGAAUGGAGGAACAUGUAUUGAUGGCCUAAACUCUUUCACCUGUGUAUGUCUUCCGAGUUAUGCAGGAGCACUGUGUGAGCAAGACACCGAAACAUGUAGCUACGGAUGGCACAAGUUCCAGGGCCACUGCUACAAAUACUAUCCUCAUCGACGUAACUGGGACACAGCAGAGCGUGAAUGUCUUCUCCAGGGGGCACACCUUGCUAGUGUUUUGUCCCAUGAUGAACAGCAGUACAUCAACCGUCUCGGCCAUGACUACCAGUGGAUCGGUCUUAAUGAUAAGAUGUUUGAGAAUGAUUUCCGGUGGACAGAUGGUAGAGUUGUGCAAUAUGAAAACUGGAGACCGAACCAGCCGGAUAGUUUCUUCUCCUCAGGGGAAGAUUGUGUGGUAAUGAUCUGGCAUGAGGACGGCCAGUGGAAUGAUGUUCCCUGCAACUACCACCUCACCUUUACCUGCAAGAAAGGCACAGUGUCCUGCAGUCAGCCUCCUCUUGUACAUAACGCCCGCACUUUCGGCCAGCUGCGCCCACGCUAUGAGAUCAACUCCCUGAUCAGGUACCAGUGCAAAGAUGGCUUCAUCCAGAGACAUGUUCCCACCGUUCGCUGCAGAGGAGACGGCUCAUGGGAUUUGCCUAAGAUUUCCUGCACGAGUCCCUCCAACUUCCAAAAGUUAUAUACAAAACGCUAUCGGACAUACAGAGGAUUUCACAGUUAUCCGAAGAGAUCAGCCGACAAAUCAGUUGAUGUUCAACGACGACAUCAUCGCCAUGGUGUAAAACACAACCGGACACAACACUAGUUACUAUGGUGACACAACCAUAAUGUAAGGUCCAUCUUAAUGUAUUUUGAUAAAAUUUGACGGACCUGCCUGCGGGCUGAAAGAAAAAAAAUAUAUAUAAUAAAAUAAAAGAUUAUGAAAAGGACCUGAAAUAGGUUCAACAUAGAGUGGAAUAUCACUGGAAUGAAACAGUGCUUUUGUUUUUUAUCUUGGAAGAGAGAUCGGCCUCUAAAAACACAAAAAUAUUAUUUGACCUGCCCUCCAUCUGUUCUGCUUUUUCUUGGGAAUACGCAGUGCCUUAAUACAUUACACCAUUUUACAAUCCAGAUAUAGUGAGCUAUAAUAGUGCAAUCAGAAUAAUAUUAUAAAGUUCGUGGAAUCUUAGCCUACAAAUGGUACAUUUUUAACUCACUAAAAAUUGCUGUAUGAUUCCUUUCAGUAUUUGAACCACAAGUGUAUGCAGACAUCCUGCUGCUUACUGAACAGAUGAGAAAUCAUACAAAUGAAUGUGAAAGAAUAUAUUUAUUUUAUAUACAGUAGAGGGAGUGAGCAAUGGCUCACAUUGAGUUAGUGUUUGUUGUGAUAGAAAAAGGUCAAUAAUGUCAUGAAAACACCUGUAUAUACAAUGUAGUGGAUGGUUUUGAUAUCUGAAAGUCAACACAGUAUGUUUAAUACUUUGACUUUAAGGUAUUAAAUAUUGAAAAGCCAUGCAGAUUUUAGAUUAUUUAUAUUAUUCUGUUUGAUGUUUCUUUUACGUGUUUACAAUCCAAAUCUUGUUUCAAAUGCAUUUAAUUUCACCAUUUUUUUUUUUUUAUCUAUAAACCAAAGAACUUACUGUAUGUAUUUCACAUCAUUUCUCAUGUUCUUUUUUUUCCCUUGGACUUUUUAAAACUACUUUAAAGAGAAUGUAUUUUUGUGAGAUGCUUGAAAGACUUGAACAAAAUGUCUUUUUUUUAACAAGAUGCCUAUAAUUUAUUUCUUGAGCUGCUCAUUGUCUUUUCAUUGUUGUAAUAAAAUACAACAUACUGAGGAUUUAACUUGGCCAAACUGCACAUUGGCAGAAUUCAGUAUAUUAGAGUAAAGGACAGUGUGUCAAUAGCUGGCGAUGAUGUGAUUAAUUGACGACAUUUGCAACUCACAGGAUUUAGAUGGAUUUUGUUAUGACAUUUGGGGUGUAUCAAUGGACCAAAAGAAGACGAUUCGUAGUAACAGUUUGUUGUUGAACUGGUCAUCCAUUUGUUUAUUCCCAAGCAUUUUUACUUUAAGAUAUUUUCAUUUGUUUUCUUAUUGUAUUUUUUUAAGUGCACAUAUCUUUUUAUAUUUAUAGUAUAACUCGUUUAUUGUCAAAUGUGAUUGUCUAGAAUGUUUGUGGAAUGGAAAAAU